AUGAUGCUAUUAAAAUCAACAUCAAAAGGUUCAGUUAAACUUAGUUUAUCAAAACCUGUACCAUAUUCCAAAUUUAAAAAUGAUGAUGAUAAAAUAAUAAUUCAUAAUGAUCAAGAUAUGAAUAAUAAUCAACGUUUAUCAUGUAUUACUAAAACGAAAACAACAACUCAUGUACAUCAUGUUUUUGCUUGUCAAUUGAAUCAAGAUUCAAUGGAAAAACUUCCUCAUAAUGUUUAA